GCGUGCGUGCGUGCGUGUGUGUGUGUGUGCGUGCGUGCGUGCGUGCGUGGCUGCAGGUGGACGUGAACUCUGAGCUCCGCUCUCCCUCCGUCCUGCAUGUGAGUGAAUGACUGCCGCGGCAUGGAGACAUGACAAAGCGGCGCCGUGUUCGUAAAAUCCCGUCGCCGCAGUCGGUGAACUUUUUUUUCUCACCGCUCCGACGCCGCUUGACUCCGUCCCGGUCAGACAAUGGCAGCCUCCGCUGCGUUCUGGCUCCUGCUGUGCGGUCUGCGCGUCUCUCCGGCGGCUCGCUGGGAGGCUGUGGACGUCAGUUCGACCCACCUCGGUGAUGCAAUGGACUACAAGGAUCCCUGCAAAGCCGCUGCGUUUCUGGGAGACAUCGCUCUGGAUGAAGAUGAUCUGCGCAUGCUCGGACAGGCCCUCGGCCCUACAGGUGCUCGGCCCAUUGUCCAGAACAAUCAGACGGACUCAGUUAACGGCUCCGGUAGCGACGGAGCCGCGGUCGGGCGGCGUCUGCAGCGCGCGAGGAGAGCGGCCACCUCCAGGGCCGAGCGCGUGUGGCCCGACGGCGUCAUCCCCUACGUCAUCAGCGGCAACUUCAGUGGUGAGUUCUGCGGGGGCGUCGUUGCGUCCCGUUGGCGUUGCGGAGACCGUCAAAGUCCAAUCCAGAGUUUCCCCGCAGGCAGCCAGCGAGCCAUUUUCCGCCAGGCCAUGCGCCACUGGGAGAAACACACCUGUGUAACGUUCACCGAGAGGACGACGGAGGAAAGUUACAUCAUCUUCACCUACAGGCCCUGCGGGUGCUGCUCCUACGUGGGCCGGAGGGGCGGCGGCCCUCAGGCCAUCUCCAUCGGCAAGAACUGCGACAAGUUCGGCAUCGUGGUGCACGAACUGGGCCACGUCGUCGGCUUCUGGCACGAGCACACGCGCCCGGACCGCGACCGCCACGUGAGCAUCGUCCGGGACAACAUUCAGCCAGGGCAGGAGUACAACUUCCUGAAGAUGGAGCCGGGUGAGGUGGACUCGCUCGGGGAGGUCUACGACUUCGGCAGCAUCAUGCAUUACGCAAGAAACACGUUCUCCAGAGGACUCUUCCUGGACACCAUUUUGCCCCGCUAUGAUGUCAAUGGAGUCCGGCCACGUAUUGGACAGAGGUCAAGGCUCAGCAAAGGGGACAUCACACAAGCCCGCAAACUCUACAAAUGCGCAAAAUGCGGGGACAGCCUGCAGGAGAGCGCCGGGAACCUGUCCUCUCCCGGGUUCCCCAACGGCUACUCGGCAUACGCUCACUGUGUGUGGAGGAUUUCUGUCACUCCCGGCGAGAAGAUCGUGUUGAAUUUCACUGCGAUGGACCUCUUCAGGAGCCACUUGUGCUGGUACGACCACGUGGAGGUUCGAGAUGGGUUCUGGGGGAAAGCUCCCCUGAAAGGCCGCUUCUGCGGGGACGCGCUCCCCGGUCCGAUCGUGUCCACCGACAGUCAGCUGUGGAUCGAGUUCCGGAGCAGCAGCAGCUGGGUGGGCAAGGGCUUCUCCGCCGUCUACGAAGCCGUCUGCGGCGGCGAGGUGCGACGGGACAGCGGGCAGAUCCAGUCCCCCAAUUAUCCCGACGACUACCAGUCCAACAAGGAGUGCGUGUGGAGGAUCACGGUGGCGGAGGGAUUCGACGUGGGCUUGUCGUUCCAGUCGUUCGAGGUGGAGAAGCACGACAGCUGCGCCUACGACUACGUGGAGGUGCGGGACGGCGGCUCCGAGGACAGUCCGCUGCUCGGACGCUUCUGCGGCUACGACAAACCCGACGACGUCAGGAGCGGCUCCAACCAGCUGUGGCUGAAGUUCGCCUCCGACGGAACCGUCAACAAAGCUGGCUUUGCCGCCAACUUUUUCAAGGAGACAGACGAGUGCUCGGGGCCCGACAACGGCGGGUGCGAGCAGCGCUGCGUGAACACGCUGGGCAGCUACAGGUGCGCGUGCGAGCCGGGCUACGAGCUCACCGCCGACAGACACAGCUGCGAAGCAGCUGCCUGCGGCGGCAUCGUCACCAAGCUCAAUGGCUCCCUCACCACCCCCGGCUGGCCCAAAGAGUACCCGCCCAACAAGAACUGCGUGUGGCAGCUGGUGGCGCCCGUUCAGUACCGCAUCACGCUGGUGUUCGACGUGUUCGAGACAGAAGGCAAUGACGUGUGCAAAUACGAUUAUGUGGAGGUGCGCAGCGGUGUGAGCUCAGACGCAAAGCUUCAUGGGAAGUUUUGUGGGGCAGAGAAGCCUGAGGUCAUCACCUCCCAACAAAACAACAUGAGGAUUGAGUUCAAGUCUGACAACACGGUCUCCAGGAGGGGCUUCAAGGCUCAUUUCUUUUCUGAUAUCGACGAAUGCUCCAAGGACAACGGAGGCUGCCAGCACGAGUGUGUGAACACCUUCGGGAGCUACAGCUGCCAGUGCCGCAGCGGCUUCAUGCUGCAUGACAAUAAGCACGACUGUAAGGAAGCCGGAUGCGAUAUCGUAAUAAACAGUGUGUCGGGGGUGAUCCGCAGCCCCAACUGGCCUGACGCGUAUCCCAGUAAGAAGGCCUGCACCUGGUCCCUGUCCACCACCCCAGGUCAUCGAAUCAAACUUGUUUUCAACGAGAUCGACAUGGAGGCUCAUCUGGAAUGCGCCUACGACCACCUGGAGAUCUACGACGGCCAGGACGCCCGCGCCCCGACCCUGGGACGCGUCUGUGGCACCAAGAAGCCUCCUCCCGUCGUCUCCAGCGGCGACAGGCUGUUCCUGCGCUUCUUCUCCGACAACUCGGUGCAGAAGAAAGGCUUUGAAACUUCAUACCAAGCCGAAUGUGGAGGAAGCCUUAAAGCCGAGGUCAAGACAAAGGACCUGUACUCUCAUGCACAGUUCGGGGACAACAACUACCCCAGCGGCUCCGACUGCCUGUGGGUGGUCACCGCCGAGAAGGGCUACGGAGUGGAGGUCAUCUUCCAAGUGUUUGAGACGGAGGAGGAGGCGGACUGCGGGUACGACUACGUGGAGUUGUACGACGGCGCUGACAUCAAGUCUCCACGUCUGGGGAGAUACUGCGGAUCUGGGACGCCGGAGGAGGUGUACUCGGCCGGAGACGCCGUCCUCUUAAAGUUCCACUCGGACGACAGCGUCAAUAAAAAAGGCUUUCACGUGCGCUACACGAGCACAAAGUUCCAGGACACGCUGCACGCCAGCAAGUGACCGUCUCGCCCGGGCCCCAAACCUCAGUGGAGGCUCCGGCCCCAGCAUCUGGUCGGACACACCCGUUCCUGGGCGAGCGGCGAAUGCAUGGAGCGACACCGCAGGCUCCAACUCGCAUACUUUACAUUCACAUUUAAUUCUGCUGUGAGGCCGCGUGGAGACACGGCGCCUUUACUCCUCCUCAGCUUCACCCCGUGAGUCGAGUAAACCGAGUCACACCACCAGUAGUGAGCUGAUUACAUUGUAGCACUGUGAUAAGAUAGAAACUCUACAUAUUGGGAUGUACUGUAGUUCAUCAUGGCAGCAGUGUUUUUACUGUCUAGGGUUAAGAGCUUGAUCACUUCACGCAGUAUUUGGUGACAAUGGAAGAAAUUAGCAUCUACUCAACUUCUCUUUCUGUCUUUGCUGCUGUGGUGUUGAGUGAUGUCACAGGUGUUCCCUCACACCAGUUUUCCAUUUUCAGUAUUUUGCAAUAGGCUUCGCUGACGCGUGACCUUCUCCUUGUUGGCACGUUGCUCCAUUUCAGAAAACACAAAGGAGCCCCAGGAGUAAUGUAUCAAGCCUUCGCAUCAGGCUACAGUAGUGCAUGAUACAAACAAAGCAGGGACUCGCUGGUACAAAAGCGUUGCUUUACUUUAAUCCUGAGUGACGAGGAAAGGUGUUAACAUCUUCGGUUUGUUAAUAUGAUAUAAAGCCCACACUGUGGAACAGGUGUUCAAAAAUUGCCUUUAUUAAAUUGUUACCUGCGUAAUACUGUACGACAUUUAGCGCCUCAGACUCUGGUUCGACCAAAGUAAACAGCUGGAGCACAGUUAGCACAGAGUAGCCAUUAAAUCAUUUGGUCAGAGGUUGCUGUGAACGCAAACACAUUAGCAUCCUUAAGGUUCCUGAAUGCAUCGUCAUCAGAGAAUAUGACGAGUAAAACGUUAGAAUAAUAAACAAACACGAUCGCAUAUGAAUUUUAAGGAAGCAAGACAGAUCACUGAAUAUAAAAAGUAUGAUUGCAUAGUUCAACGAUGUCACCACAGUCACAACCAAAGAGAUUCACAGUCUUCACCGAAGCUCGGCUUCUCUGACAUGAGAUGUGUGGCAGUAGAUCCAGUCUACAGAGUGGCCUGUGCUACAAAAUAAAGGUCAGGCUCAGA